UUGGGACGAUGUGAGGGACAGGUAGCCAAGUUUCCUCUUUUACAUAUUCGGUGUUAUGCAGCUCUUGCAUCUAAAGAAGUUUAUAAACGAAACAAGCCUCAUCUAAAUGUGGGGACGAUAGGGCAUGUCGAUCAUGGAAAAACUACACUUACUUCAGCUAUUACAAAAGGUAUUCUUUCCGCUAAGAAGCAGUGUAAGUUUAAGAAAUAUGAGGAAAUCGACAAUGCUCCUGAGGAAAAAGCAAGAGGUAUUACCAUUAAUGCCUAUCAUCUUGAAUACGAAACUGAAAAGCGGCACUAUGCUCAUAUUGAUUGUCCUGGUCACGCAGAUUACAUAAAAAAUAUGAUUACUGGUGCUGCUCAAAUGGACGGAACAAUUCUAGUCGUGGCUGCAACUGAUGGAGCUAUGCCGCAAACCCGUGAGCAUAUGCUGUUGGCAAAACAAGUGGGUAUUCCUAUGAAAAAUGUGGCGGUGUUUAUGAAUAAAGUGGACGAGGUGCCGGAUAAAGAAACGCAAGAACUUGUGGAAAUUGAGAUCCGUGAACUCUUACAUGAAUUUGGUUAUCCUGGAGACGACCUGCCAGUUAUUUUUGGUUCCGCUUUGUGUGCGUUGGAGGGCAAGAAGCCAGAAAUUGGCGAACAAGCAGUACUUAAAUUAUUAGAUGUACUGGAUAAUGUUUUUGAAAUUCCUGAGAGGGAUACAAAUUCCGAACCAAUGUUUGCAGUAGAACAUGUUUAUUCUAUUCAAGGUCGCGGGACUGUUGUUACCGGUAAACUUGAGCGUGGAACUCUCAAAAAAGGCGAUAAAGUUGAAGUCGUUGGUCAUGAUCGUGAUUCUGUGAAAUCAAUUAUUACAGGCUUGGAGACUUUCAAAAAAACGGUUGAUGUUGCGCAACCUGGAGAUAAUCUGGGGAUUUUACUGCGCGGUGUUGAUGCUAAAGCAGUGAGGCGUGGGAUGGUUCUUUUGCCUCAAAGUCAUAAGCACGCUAUAACUGAUAAGGUUGAAGCUCAGAUAUACGUUUUGAAACCAGAGGAAGGUGGUCAAAAAGCACCAAUUGCGAACUUUUUCACAGAGCAUUUCUAUUCGUUAACGUGGGACAUUGGUGGUUUGAUAAAAUUAAAGGACGCAAAUCGUGAUUUUAUCAUGCCGGGUGAAGUAGCCGAAGCUGUUGUGCAUUUGGGCCACAAAAUGUUUAUUGAACCGCAACAGAGGUUUUCUUUGCGCAAAGGUUCUGCCACAGUUGCAACAGGGGUUUUUACAAAUAAUCUUCCUCCUCGUACUGAGGAGGAGAAAGACUCAAAAUACAGGAAGAAGCUUUUAAAGGCUGAAAUGGAGAAAUUGGGUUUCAAUCCAUAUGGUGAAACUAUGGAAAAACGUCUUAAACCGGAUUACUCUUCAAGUCCGAGAGACAAUCCUAUGGCUAAGUAUUUUGAAAAGGAAGAAUCAAAGUAA